GCUGCCCGACCACCCCCCGCUCGCCCCCACAUCGGUCUGAAUCCGUCUAACAAGUUCUCAUCUUACUCGACCAACGACUGGGGUGAAGACGAUGCGUGGGACAGUGCCUCCGACUCUGAAUCUGCGAACAAACCGGACUGGAAACGGUCCAAGGCUCGUGCAUCCUCGUCCACUGGCACAUCGGCGCCGAAACCAGUCCCCAGACCGACGCUGAACAACUCGUCGACCACACUCGCCUUCUCGUAUACCCAUGUGCACGCCCCUAGCUCGUACCCGCCGAAAGGCGAGCAGCAAGGUCCGCCUGGCGCACGGAACGGCUGGACGAUCGUCAGGAAGUCGACGGACCGCGGGAGCCUCGAGAGUCGCGAGUCCAGUCAGCAUGUGAACCAUGCAGGGUACGACGAGCUCGAGGCCGACAUGGUGAUAGGCGACAUGGAAUCGGAGGUGGAUGACCGGGUGGCUGCGCAUACUGCAAAGCCGCGGUACGAGCAGGGUACCCUCAGAGAGGACGCGGAGGAGAUCGUCAAUGAUCCUCUCUGUCUCUUGCAACGUCAGUCCGAGAAGUCCUCCAGUAAAAGCAAGCCUGCGAUAGACUCCGCCGGUGGCGAUACCGAAAAGCUCAUGAGGGAACACUCGAUCCGUACCAACAGGCGGACGAGAUUUAUCAACUGUAUCACCCGCGACGACGUAGAUAUCGCACAACUGCGCAAGCUCGCUUGGAAUGGUGUUCCGGACGACCUAAGACCGCUUGUCUGGCCACUGCUCCUGGGGUACCUGCCGCUGCCAAAAGCCACCCGUACAUCUACACUUGCGAGGAAACGACGGGAAUAUGCGUCGCUUGCGGAGCAUACCUUUUCCAGGGGGCGCGAAGGGCUCGACCAGCCAAUAUGGCACCAAAUUGAGAUCGACGUUCCUCGUACGCGGCCGGGAGUACGACUAUGGAUGCAGGGAUGCACGCAGCGGAGUCUUGAACGUAUACUAUACGUAUGGGCAAUCAGGCAUCCUGCAAGCGGUUAUGUGCAAGGUAUCAAUGACCUUGUCACACCCUUCUUUCAAGUUUUCUUGUCCGCAUAUAUCGACACGGAUCCGGAGGAUUUCGACACGGCGUUGCUUACCGAUAAUAUACGGAUGGCGGUGGAGGCGGACACCUUCUGGUGUCUAUCACGACUGUUGGACGGCAUACAGGACAACUACAUCGCUGGACAGCCCGGCAUUCACAGAAGUGUGAAGCGCAUGGCGGAGCUCGUUGCUCGAAUAGACGCCCCGCUAUCGGCCCAUCUGGAUGUCGAGAACGUCGAGUUCAUGCAAUUCGCGUUCCGGUGGAUGAACUGUCUUCUUAUGCGGGAGAUCAGCGUCCAGAACACCAUCCGAAUGUGGGAUACCUAUCUGGCCGAAGGGACGGACGCGUUCUCCCAGUUCCACCUCUAUGUCUGUUCCGCUUUCCUGGUGCGGUGGAGCAAGAAGUUGCAGGAGAUGGACUUCCAGGGCAUCAUCAUGUUCCUCCAGUCGCUGCCCACGCAAGACUGGGGCGACCACGAGAUCGAGAUGCUUCUCAGCGAGGCGUUCGUCCACUACUCGACAUGGCACAACGCCCAGAGCCACUUUGGCAAAUGAUACCUCCGAGUCCCGAUUUCUCCGGGCAGCGGUGUAUGCAGAUGGAAAAUAAUGCAGGGAUGUGUAGAAGACGGAUGUAUUUAUGCGUGUACAACAAACAUAAAUCACGAUGCAUGGGCGAGCGCGCAUAUAGCCAUGGGGCGCCAUAACAAAGCAUGAGUGUAGUGAAAGUCCGGGGCUCCGUGUGGCGAGACGGCGAACGGAAGAUGUGAGACGAAGGGGACGUUCAUGAACCCUCCGACUUCGCCUUGACGAACUCGAUCUCGCGGUUGAGCGCUGCCUUGAGCUCGUUUGCCUGGGCGGCGGUCUUGCAACGUAUCCGGUAGGGCGUCGAGUGGCCUUCAUCGUGGCCGAUGAAUGAGACGACCUUAUCUGCCACAGAUGCGUUCAUGCCACUGUAGAGGAUAAAGUUGAUGGUGAUCUUGCCAGUGCUGCUAUUCCGCAGCAGCAUGCGCCGCGACUCCGUCUCCUUGUGCUUCUUGAGACGCAGGACACCGACGCCGAGAUCGCCCCACUGCGAGUUGCCGUCCUUGUCCUUCGUCAUCUUGUACACCUUGCUCCUGACCUCGUGCGUCGUGACCUCAUGCUCCUCGCCCUCGCCCUCCUGAUCAUGUAUAGACGUCCCAGCCGCCAGGACAGGUGUAGACUCAGGCGCUGGGGUGCCGUCGCCCGAGGAAGCGUCCUUCUCGUCCGACCCGCUGGGCUCAACAGCCUUCGGGGCGCCAAACGCGAAGGGGAGGGACUUGACCGGGCCAUCCGCGCUCUCAGCAUCUGGGGUCUUGGGCGGGCUGCCGAAGCCAAAGCCGACGGGAUUUCCGAUGCUGCCCGCUUUGGGGAACCCACUGAAGAAGGUGCCCUUACUGGGGGAGGCGGACCCGAACGAAAACCCGGAGGAGCCCCCUGGCGACGUCUUCUCGGGCGUGCUGGUGACGAACGGGUUCGACCCGCCAGUGGAGCUCGUCCCGAAGAACGUGCUGGACGAGCCAGAGCCAGAGGACGUGAUCGCGUUUGACGACUCUUUGUCUUCGGUCUUGUCGGCGUCUUUGUCUUUGGAGGCGUCGCUGGACUUGCCGCCGAAGAGGUUGCUGCCGAAGACAGAGGUCGCAGAGGGCGCCGAGCUGCCGAAGAACGAAGGCGUAGAGCUGGACGAUGCGCUAGGUUUUGAGAACAGGGAGGAGCCAGGUGUAGACGCGCCAAACGUGAAUGGCGUGGGCGCGGCCGAGCUCGUCGCCGAAGUCGCUGACGAGGGGCCGAAGCUGAACGAGGACUUUGGGGCUUCCGCAGCAGCAGGUUCUGAUGCAGCGGGUUUGGGCGCGAAGCUGAACGGGCUCCCUAACGAGCUUGCACCUCCAGUGUCAACCUUGGGAAUAAAGCCCGAUCCGAACGGUGUGUUGCCAGAAGGCGUUGAAGAUGACCCUAUGGGUUUGAAGCCCGAGAAGCUGCUGGGAGGCGCGGGCAUCGUGAAAGAAGGAGUAGCGGCGGGAGGCUUAGAGCUCUCGGCAGGUUUCGGCGCAGAACCGAACGACGUGGGCGUAUUUGAGGGCGCACUCGAGGAAGUCUUCGGCGUUUCUGCUCUGUCAGAACCUACGGAUACACGCAGCGACUUGUAGCGUUCCAGCAAGUCUGCGACAUCCACGAAUGGGUCGGCCUCAAUGGCUUUUGAAAUGGCGGAGAGCAAUGAAACAUUGAGACCCCGAAGCGCCUUGAAGUAUUCAAUAUCCUUCUCGUCCGCUUUCGCUGAAAUACUGGGAGCACUUGGAACCGAUGACAGCGCAGGUUCAGAAGACGAGGACACGAUGGAAGCGAAUGCUUUAGUGGCAGGCGACGCAUUAGAUGACACGGACGUGCCAAAAAGCGAGGAAGGCUGGGAGGAAGACGCCCCGGAGAACGAGAAUGAAGACGAGGGAGCUGACGUUGCUGGUUUGGAGGCAGCAGAGGGUGCUCCAAAAGAGAAGGGUGUUGUAGUGGUCGCGCCAGACCCGAAGCCACUGAAGCCCGAGAACUUUCCGGGAGCUGGAGGGGCCUCUGUGGCUGCGGCAGAAGGUGGCGGAGACAAACUUGCAGCGGCAGUUGUCGCGCUCGAACGUUUCGGGAGGCCUCUUAUGGGACGCGCGGCCAAGACGGACUCAUCUGCUUUCCGGAAGCCUCUGCCAACUUCCUCAACCUCUUCGUCAUCAUCAUCGUCCUUGAUUAGCUGUCUGUCUGCGACUCUCUUCAUGGUGGCACCGGGAAUGUGU